CUAAAUGCUUGACUAGUGUAUGAAACAUGACGUAAACUAAAACCACAAGUAAAAUUAACGAAAAAUUUAGAAACGAUGAACAAAAUACUGACAAUUUUACUAAUCAUAUAUAUGGCAACGAGUUUAGUGAGUUCCGGGUAUAUUCUUCGAGGUGAUACAUUAUUUCCGAUACACGAAGAGUCCAAUAAUACGUUGGUUCAACGAGGAAGAAAGAUCAUUACUGUUAAAGGAAAUUGUCCGACGAAACAGUUCUACUCACACAUGUUGAGGCAAUGUGUUACUAGAUACGGGGAAUAAGAUCUUAGACUCUUAGAUAAAUUUUCAGAUAUGGAUGUAACACUAAUCAUCAACCUCUUCAUUUCUGCCACGCUCAUAUCGCUGUCCAGAUCCGAGCCAAUUUGCAUUGUCGAUACCAGCGACAAUUCGAAUUUGGUUUGCAAAGAUGUUUCAACAGACUUUCCUGAUAAUAUGUACUACGGCAACAAAAACCUGCAGUGCGACAAUUGCCACAUAACGGUCUUCUCAUCGUCCACGUUUAAACACGACAAUGUCCUGUUGUCCAUAAAUAUAUCGCACAGCGGAUUACGAGCUAUACAACCAUCUGCUUUCAAGCAUUUGGGGAACCUCCAAAACAUCUAUUUUCAGAAUAACAUGAUUACCAACGUAUCAGCGGGAGCUUUUGAAGGGUUAAGACAGGUGUAUGAAAUAAAUCUGAAGAAUAACUUAAUUGUUGAUUUAACGCCAGGUUUUGUGCGCGAUCUUGAAGUGACUUAUUUAUCUUUGGCCAAUAAUAAACUAUCUGAAAUUCCAAAUUAUGCUUUCAAAGAUGUUGUGGUGAUCACCAAUUUGAUUCUUUCUCAAAACAAAAUAAAAAAGCUUAACUAUGAUUCGUUUUCGGGCUUAACUUACUUAGAAUACCUGGAACUGGACAAUAACAAUUUGUGUUACAUCCCUAUAGGUGUAUUUAAGAACCUCAAAGACCUAAGUUAUCUUAAUUUAGCAAAUAAUAAGCUCAGCAGAUUUUCCUUGGGUACCUUUUCUGGUUUAAGCAGUCUUACAGCUUUAGUUUUAGCAAAUAACUCAAUCAAGAACUUCGAAGGUAAUGAGUUGCUACCUAUGCAGAGCCUACUGAGGUUGGAUAUCAAAGGAAACAACAUUUACUACUUAGACGCCCACCUUAUUUUCUCCGCGGCUCCUACGAUAAAGUUCAUAAGUAUAGAAGAUAAUUUCUACAGUUGUAGCUCCUUGGCGAACAUUAUCAGAUAUUUUAAAGAGAAGAAAGUGAGAAUCGAGACCCAUACUGGUUUCUACGAUAUUCAAAAUAUCAACGGCGUUGCCUGCAUCGAUGGUAUUGUCGAUGAAGUAACCGACAAAGCAAACUUUUUAAGAAGGGCUUCCGACGAAGCACAAACGUCUGUUAUUUAUUGUGCUUAGAUAUAAAUAUUUAUUUCAAUUAUAAAUAAUAUUAUUAGUUUUGCACACACGAAUAUGAUUUUAAACGAUUGUCUGGCACAUAUCCAAUAUUCCACUUAUCAUUGGCUCGUGGUUAGUUAGGCACCAGAAUACAUAUAAUGAAAUUUUAUAAAGUAUUAUGUACAUACUAAAAUAAACAUAUAAACACAA